UCCCAGCAGCCCUCAGUCAGAACAAGAAGCAGCCAGAGACAGAGUGGGCACCCUCGUGGCUUCAUGAAUGUCUGCUCCAGGCAGCUGCACGCUGCAGAUUCGCAGAGCCGGCUCUGAGAACUUUGCUGCCACGGCUGACUUUGGGGGCACCCUGCUGGAGCAGAUGCUGGGCAGGGCCCGGCCUGACAAAAUGCCCCCCUGCCCACCACAGCAAGGCUGGACUCGGGGUACCUACCUCCCCUUGUACAAUCCCCUGGCAGGGGGGGAACCUGGGUCACAGGGGGAGAUGGAGCUCACUUGGCAAGAGAUCCUGUCCAUCUCCGAGUUGCAGGGCCUCGAGAUGCCAAGCGAGAGCUGCUAUGACCCUGCUCUGUGUGGCCUUGUGCAACCAAUGGGACCAGCUUCGAACUACGGGCCAUGCACAGCAACGGGAGACAACUCAGGGUCUGCCUAUGGCCACCCUGCUCCGGCAUAUGAACAUUCAUACCCAGAAACCGUGCCCACCCCCCGUGGUCUAUACAGCUACACAGGCAUGCUGAUCUCUUCCACUCUCCAGCCUCCAGGAGCUACCGCAGCAGGGGGCUGUAAAAGGCUGGUAUUGGAGGGGGACUUGGUUAGUGGUUGUGGACCACAGGGGUCUUGCAAGCCACAGGAGGACCUGGAAUCAGACUCUGGGUUAUCACUCAAUUACAGCGACGCAGAAUCACUGGAAGCAGAGGGGCUGGAGCAGGCGGAGUAUACACCGCUUUACCCUAUGGACCAUACACAAGCCUACCCAAUGUUGGCCCCUGUACCGGAGAUGCCUUUCCCCACCCCACCAAUGGCACCUUUGGAGAAGGGACGGAGCCCCCGUGGGGAACUGGCAGGCAGCCGUGACGAGCGCCGGGCCCUAGCUAUGAAAAUACCCUUCUCUGUUGAAAAGAUCAUUAAUUUGCCAGUGGACGACUUCAACGAGCUGGUGUCACGCUUCCCCCUGAGCGAGCCCCAAAUGGCACUGGUCCGGGACAUCCGCCGCCGUGGCAAGAACAAAGUGGCUGCUCAGAACUGCCGCAAGCGUAAAUUAGAGACCCUGGUGCACCUGGAGCGGGAACUGGCCGAGCUGAGCCGCGAGCGGCAGCGCUUAUUGCGAGACCGUGGUGAGUUUGAUAGGACUCUAGCGCUCACCAAGCAGAAGCUGGGGACCCUUUACCACCAGGUCUUCUGCAUGCUUCGUGAUGAAGCUGGCAACGCCUACUCCCCAGAGGAGUACUCACUGCAGCUCACCCUUGAUGGCAGUGUCUUCCUCGUGCCACGCAACAAACAGCUGGAUAAUAGCACUGAUUGACAGUAUGGUAAACAUACAGGCAGCAACGUGACUGAAGCCAAGAGAUUCCUAGGAGUGACACAAGGCUGUUUUCAAGACCAUCUAGGUCAGGAUUUGAGAUUAUCCAAAUGCCAGGUUUGAAAUUGCAGGGGCCUUCGGCAACUGAAAAUUCAGCCAAACUCUUGCCUUGGAUGUUAUGCCCCUCAUACCCUAUGGU